GACUUGCUGUAUACCUUCUCCUCUUACCCCAUUUUCCCCUCCAGACCUUAACCUAUAUCCACCCGCUGUUCUAGUACGAACGACGGACAUGUCUGAUACCUUAGCAAGAAUCCUUACAGACCCUGCGUAUCAUGACUAUCUUGGUAUCCUAAAAGGCGCACGCAAUGGCUUCGUCUACGGUGUCAAAGUGCGAUUUCCUCACGCGCUCAUUAUGGCCAUCUUGUUUGGUCGGGCAGAUUGGCCAACACGACUGCGCGCGAUCUUCCGAGCGACCAAGCAACAUGCUUUGAAUCUUGCCAAAUUCGUCUCCAUUUAUAAGACCUUCCUUUUAUUACAAAAGAAGGCCAACGGAGGCAAAGAGCGAAGCUUUGAUACUUUCGUAGCUGGUCUCCUUAGCGGAUAUAUUGUCUUUGGUGAUCGAAACGCCAUUAACGAGCAGAUUGUUCUAUACGUCUGCUCUCGGGUAGUCGCAUCCUUCAUACCCCGUGCCUCAACCCCAUACGCCAUGUCAUCGACCGCUUCGUCAACAGGCCGUCCAGUACCCCCAGACGCUCGAUACUUCUCAAUAUUCGCGGCCUUGUGCUGGGGGGCCGUAAUGUGGCUAUUCAAUGAGAGAGGAGAGACCAUCCAACCUGGGAUGUUCAAUUCCAUGACGUAUCUCUAUCGUGAUUCUGAUCGCUGGUCGAAUCUUCGGACGCUCUUAUGGCAUAACAAAAUAGACGUAUUCAUACCAGCAUUUAUCAGCAUUAUAUUGGGAUUCUGUCAUUUCUCUUGGGCACUUUGGCGCAUUUGUACUGCAACUCAUCUGUUAGCCGCUGAAGCCCAUGAAUCACCAAGUUCGCGGCGGUACGUACCUCGAGCAUAGAUAGCGCUGCCGUGCAUGCGCGAGUACAGGUCUCACACUGAACGAACGUUUCCUUGACUUGGGCCAUUUCCGCGGCGACAUCAGUAGCUAAGAAGAAUCAGACGAAUAUCAAUUGAUACUCUCAUAUCACAGGUAUAAAGAAAGGUUUCACCAGCUUCUAUCAAAUGAAGAAUAUCCUCUUUCCUCCGUUCCCAUAUAAAUACAGUCUUCUGAGCAUGCCUGGAGCAUUCUCCAUAUCCGUGCGGAAAGAUGGAUUCGCCUCGUAGAAUUUCACGGAGUCUCUUGAUCCGGAAGUCGUGCAGAAGGACUAGCUUGUGGUAUGCUUCUGCAGUAGGUAUAGCUUUCAAGUCUUCGACGGAGUAGCUCGAAAGAGGGGGAUCUAGCAAGUACAUGCUGGUCUUGGCCGCGAUGGAGUCAAGGCCUAAUUCCACCGCGUAACCGUAGACGCGUAACGGAAAUACCGAAGCGUAGGAGGCUAGAUGCGAAUAUAAACACUCAGUGAGUUCUGGGGAAAGAGCGUAUUUGUCUGCGAGCUUGAGCAGAGACGGGAUGAGGGGAAAUGGGAUGGCGGACUGGGGAAACAUCAAAUGAAUACGGCUCGAUUUGAUAGGUGAUUUCUCUGCUUUCUCCUCCUCGUAGGGUACCGGGGGAUUAUGGAGAAAGCGAAACAAAAGGUUCAGAUUGGUCGACGAUUCCAUCAGGUCGAGGGUAUGGGUGUCUUCAUCGAGGGAAUCGAAUACAUAACCCGAUUCACAACAACUAAACAUAUC